AUGGAUAGCUCGCCUACAGCGUUACUGUCUCCCUCUCAUAGUUACACAGCACAUCAUUCAUCAAUUGAUAAACCAAUGGAUACACGUAUCUACAGCAGUUACUCGAAAUUUUCGACUAGUUCUAUUGAUGCAAACGAUGGCAGCAGUAGUGCUUACUCCAACACGGUUGUCAGGAACAUUCAUCCGUUUGAACAGCACUCGGAAUCCAGUGUUGGAUCGCCUUUGGCUUAUAUGAAUGAUCAGACGUCGAGCGUCGCCUACCUUGAUCCCCAUUCACACUAUAUGGCGCCUCUUUCAGAUGGUUCGUGGCUCCCUUCCGACAGCCCGAAAAGUAAUCGAGUUUCAACCACAGCACAAUCCAUGACCACUCCACUGAAUCCUGUUCACUGUCUGUUCAACUCCACCACAAACAGUGUUCAAAACAAAUUAUCGCUCAAUACUGUUAACACCGGCACCAAACCACGCAACUCCGUUGCGUCUUGUGUUGAAGACCGUCUCUUUAACCACGCAACCGGUCGUCUCACAAAUAGUCAAACACCGACUAAAGCGGUUAGCACAGCCUCGAACAUUCGUACACAACGUUCUAUGAUCGAAGGACCACGCUCCUGUGUUGUUUGUGGGGAUAAGUCCUCCGGAUCACACUAUGGAGUUUUCACUUGCGAAGGUUGCAAGGGUUUCUUUCGACGUGCGAUUCAACGAAACCAGAGUUACGUAUGUGCGCGAACCGGUAAAUGUGAAGUGAACCGAGCGCUGAGGAAUAAAUGCCAGCAUUGUCGUUUACUGAAGUGCCUGGCAAGUGGCAUGUCAAAAGAUUCGGUCCGAAAAAAACACCCAACCACUGGAGCUGGCUCGUCAUCCUCUUCCUCGUCGUCUUCGGCAUCCUCCCCGAUGAAAAAAUCGAACACUUCCUCAGAUGGAACGUGGAAAUCCAGUCUGGGAUCACAGAGUCCGUGUGUGCCGCUGUCUAUCACUCGCUCGUCCACACCGAACACUAGCCACACAAAACGUGAAAUGUUUCCGUCGCCCGUAGUGAAACCUGGUCAGUCUGGUGUAUCCUCACGACCCAGUGCACUACUGUUGCUGUCACAGCAGGAUCAAAAUGUGCUUUCGGGAUUGUGUGAUCUCAUUCAGUCGAGUAAAAAACAGUCGAUGAUUCAGACUCCAAUGGAGCACUCGUUCGGGACCUCCGGCGAUGCAACCAAGGAAAUCAUCAGAUCUGUGGAUAUGCUCUUCUGUCCGGCCCAGUUUGCGUUUGCUCAUCAUUUCGCCGGGUGUUUGGAUGAAUUCAGACAACUGUGUCAACAUGAUCAAGCCAUUCUCUUACGAAGCAGUCUGAUCGAGCUAACGCUCCUACUUCUUUGCAACGAGUAUCAUCCAGGGCCACUCGAGUGCUCCGGGUUCGUCCUGCAGUCCAGUAAUACCGGUGCACAGCCCUAUCUUAUCAGUCCAUGGAACUCGAACUGGGUCCUCACUGAAGCUGCAUUUGACCAACUUCAUCUGUGCGACAACUCCUGGACUCCGACCAGAAUUUUUCAGUUUGCAUCACGUCUCAAUGCACUGCAACUCAGUUUGGAGGAAGUUGGGCCCCUCAUCGGACUGAUUUUGUUCACUCCAGAACGUGCCGAUCUGUUAGAUACGGACUCGGUUAGUCAAAUUCAAGGCGUUUGGGCUGAGCUUCUUCGGCGGUUGUGUGAGAGUCGCGGUUCUCAGACUCGUUGUGCCCAUUUGAUCCUCCUUCUGUCCACUCUACGCGAGUUUUCCUCCCGUAUUGUACACAAUCUACAUUCGUUUUUCCGUUCCACGGGCAUUCCAAUCCCGGAUUGUGUGAGAGAUUUCCUUCAUCCAGCUAUGGAUUUUACAGACUACCUUUAG